CACAUUAGCAUAUUAACGCUUGAGUAUUUAUUGGAUAUAAAUUGGAUAAAUAACGGACAUUACAACAACAACAACACCAAGAUCAACGCCAACACCAAGACCAACAAAUAACUAAAUAAAAUUCUAAGUAAUGGGGGAAUAUGAAAAAACCCACAAAUCGUUUGUUUUAACAAAUACACAUACACAUGUUUGUCCUCCACUAAUGGAGUGAGUACAAAACACUCUAGUUGCUGUAAUUCUUCUCUCUCUCUCUCGCUCUCCCUCCAGGGUAUUGAAAUGCAUAUUUACACUUCUUCUCCUUUGGUGAAUAUUAAAAAAUAACACCCCUGUUGUUAUUAUUAUUACUAUCGUUAUCACUGUUAUUGUCCAGAAAUGCGAUGUAAUAAAUAGAUAAAAUUUGUAAAAUCUAAUACAACUUUAUGAAUAAUUAUGUGAUACAAAAAUAGCAAUCAUAAGAGUGAUAAUAAUCCUACGAAAUUAUCGGUGCUCAAUUUAUCUACUUUUGAUGCAAUAAUGGAUAUUUAUGAAUAUUAAUUUCAUUUCCCCCUCAGAGUAUCAUUAUUGUAAUUACAAAACGUAAUAAUUAGUUACAAAAAUAAUAUAUAAAAACAUAUAUAUAUAUAUAUAUAUACUACGACUACUACCGUGGAUUUAUAUCAGACCUGAAUCAUGCAUACAUGCGACGGUGAAGUCUCCUCUCUGAAUUCCCUUCAUACUAUUACUAACAAUCAUAAUAUUAAUAAUAAUAAUGACAAUCAUAGUGAUAAUCUUCACAGUAAUACAUCGUCUAACUCUUCACCGAAUUCCUUCGAUUCCUUUCGUGCUCCAUCGAUCACUGGUCUACCCCAGUUGAAAAAUCUUACAGCUACAGAAAUACACAAUGUGAAUAAACAUCCGCUAAUAUCCUAUCCAAAUGAAAAAUCCUUUAAUAAACAAUUACCAGAUAUCAUGACAGCAACGACAACAACUAAUAUCAUCAUCAAUGAGGAUAGAUUCCAUACAAAUGGCCAGCUGUUAACUGGUUCUGGUACUUCUGAAUAUUGUACAACCAGCAAGAUGCAAAAUCGUAAUCAAUGGGAAAUUGGAUUCAGUCGAGAUCAUAUGAAUCAUUUGGUGACUACUAGACAGGCAUCGACAAAGAAUACAUGUUUCUGUGGUCCAGGACGUAAACGUUAUCUUAUAGCCUUUCUAUGCUGUGCAUGCCUUACAGUGGUGAUUGGAAUGCGAUCUGAAAUGCUGGGAAUUAUUACAAAUCUGAACAAUACAAAUAAUCGUGUCACACUUGGAUUUAGACAUGGUUUUAUUGGACACAGUCAACCAGGGGAAAUAUUAUUAUUUAAACAUCAGAAAGAUGAAAAUCUGGGCAGUUUAAUUAUAUCACCAGAAGAUGACAUAAAUAUGGAGGGAAGUUUAAAUCAAGGCGAAGAAUUACACCAUGAUCCACAUCAAGUGAAUGAAAUAUCACGUUACUCUACUUCACUGAUAUUUAAACCAUCAGAACAUCGGAAAAUGCCGUGGACAGAGGCGAUUCAAAAUGAUAUUGUUGAGAAUGCUGUAUUUUUUGCAUAUUUAAUUACUAGUCCAAUUGGUGGUUAUUUAACUGUCAAUUAUGAUUCAUCAUUCCUACUCGGUGGUUCAGUGGCUAUCACCUGUGGAAUGAAUCUUUUCCUGCCACUUGUCGAGACAAUCGGUAAUAAUAUCAAUGCUAAACUUGUCAUGAUUAUCCUGUUAAGAUUAAUACAAGGUUUAGCUGAAGGAUGUUUGAUACCCGCUGUAUUUGGUAUAUUACGAUUUUGGAGUCCAGAGAAUGAACGUUCAACUCUCGUGUGUUUAGCUGUAAUCGGUGUUUCCCUUGGCCCUUUAAUCGGUUUACCUGUAUGCGCUGAAAUAGAAAAAAAAUGGGGUUGGGGUGUUGUUUUCUAUAUAUACGCUAAUUUAGGCUUAAUAUGGUGUAUAUUUUGGUGGAGGCUGAUUGACGAGAAACCAAAUAAAGAUAAAAAAUUAGGUAAACGUGAGUUGAACUUUUUAAAAUCAACAAUACCAAAUCGAAUAUUCUAUACACAAGGAUAUACAAAAAUACCAUGGCAAAAAAUAUUCACUUCACGUCCUGUAUAUGCUAUUUUAUUCACAUAUGCUGCUGAUGACUGGACCUUUCAAAUUUCUUCAGUUUGCAUGCAGUCGUUUUAUCGACAAAUGUAUGAUGUCGAUGUCGAGAGGACUAUAUUUUUUCUAUCAUUUCCAUUUUUAUCUAGAUCAAUGUUUGUACCAAUCGGUGGUAUAUUCGCUGACUUUUUAAGAAUCAAUACAAGCCUUUCAAGAACAACAAUACGCAAAAUGUUUGCUGGAUUAGGCUUUGGAUUAAAAGGCAUAUUCUUUAUUGCUCUCGGUUAUGCACCAUCAGAAAUUUAUGCUACUAUGCUACUUUCAUUAGCCCUGGGAUUCUCAGGUCUGGCAGUCGCAGGCUAUGCUGUAAAUGUAAUCGAUUUAGCUCCCAAUUUCUCAGGUUUGGUAAUGGGAUUUGCAAAUAGUGUCAGUACAUUCACAGGUAUUCUGUCAACAUUCAUUGCAUCGAUUGUAGUGAGUAAAUUUGGUUUAGAAUUAAAAAGCGGAUGGAGAGUUGCAUUAUGCCUAGCCGCAUGCAGUCAAUUCGGUGCAAUGAUCACCUAUUUAAUAUUUGGUUCAAGUGAACAACAACCCUGGGCUUAUUCAACAACGCCAACAGACAAUCCUGGUAAUGAUCACACGAGAUCUGAUGGCGAUGAUGAUGAUAAUGAUAAUGAAAUGGACAAUUCAGUAGAUUAACAACUGCUCGACUGACAACACUCUUCAAAGGCUCUGAGGGUUUUUCUGAAAAAUAACCUUUUUGUUAACAUUCUCCUUUGUCCCUAUUUUCCAUUUUGUUAAAAAUGAGAUCCAAUCGCCUAAGUGUAUAUUUUUGCCUGUUGUUUUACAAAUGUAUAUAUUUUUUAUAAUAAACAAGAUAAUUAAAAUGACCGCUUCAAUGCACAGCGUAUUCACUUCACUAUUUCGUUUCGCUAAUACCUGGAGAUAUAUACAAAAUGACAUAUAUAUAUGUGCUAAACCGAACACGCACAAACACUCACAUUAAUUGUGAUUUAAUCGAGAAAAUCAUCAACUUUCUGUGAAAAUUUGUAGACACGAUCAAUUCCCCUUUUCUUUUCUUUUCUCUUUUUUUUAAUUAAUAGUUGUUUUUUUUUGUUUCAUACGCAUGAAUUUGAUACUGA